AUAUAUCGAUCUAGAACUUCCAUCUCUAAUUAAAUAUUGUAAACAUUUGUUGACGUUAUUGGCUUCGUAAAUAAAUGCAUCUUACUUAAAGGAUGUCCAGCUUAAAGUCAAACGAUGUGGACACCAAUCCCGCGCCGGAUCCCCAGGCGCCCAUUACCCGGAAGGGCUUCCUCAUGUCGCUAAACACCGGAACACCCAUGCCGAUUCCCGAGCAGAAUCUGUUUGGCCGCUGUCGUCCUGUCUCCGAAUUCGAGAAACUGAACCGCGUGGGCGAGGGCAGCUAUGGAAUUGUCUAUCGCGCACGUGACACCCGUAGCAAUGAGAUUGUGGCCUUAAAGAAGGUCCGCAUGGAUCAGGAAAAGGAUGGGCUGCCAAUUAGUGGACUCCGCGAGAUCAUGAUCCUUAAGCAGUGCCAUCAUGAGAAUAUUGUCCGCUUGCGUGAGGUUGUGGUGGGCAAAAGCCUGGACAGCAUCUUCCUGGUAAUGGAUUUCUGCGAGCAGGACCUAGCCUCCGUGCUAGACAAUAUGUCGCAGCCCUUCACCGAGUCCGAGGUUAAGUGCAUCACCUUGCAAGUGCUUAAAGCAUUGAAGUACCUCCAUUCGCGCUUUAUGAUCCAUAGGGAUCUAAAGGUAUCCAAUCUGCUGAUGACCGACAAGGGCUGCAUUAAAGUGGCUGAUUUUGGACUGGCCCGCAUGUUUAGCAAUCCCCCGAAACCAAUGACUCCCCAGAUGGUUACUUUGUGGUACAGGGCACCGGAACUUCUCUUGGGAUGCCGAACACACACCACGGCGGUGGAUAUGUGGGCGUUUGGCUGCAUUCUUGGUGAGCUGCUGCUCGGAAAACCUCUGCUGCCGGGCAAUUCAGAGAUAGCACAGCUGGACAUGAUCAUCGAUCUCUUGGGAGCUCCAUCGGAGUCCAUUUGGCCUGGCUUUGCCGAUCUGCCCGCUGUACAAAAUUUUACCUUAAGUCAACAGCCCUAUAAUAACCUUACGCCGAAGUUUCACAUGAUUGGCCAAUCAGGCAGGAAUCUCCUGAACAUUUUGUUUAUCUACAACCCAAAAACGAGAGCAACGGCCGAAGAGUGCCUGAAAAGCAAGUACUUUGUCGAUCCGCCGCAGGCGUGUGACCCGGGCAUGAUGCCCACUUUCCCUCAGCACAGGAACAAUACUGCAGCUCCUCCAGCUGUCCAGCCUCCCGCCGACAUUCCCAUUUCGGAUUUGCUCAAUGUAUUUAUUAAGCGUCAACGCAUGGAGUAAAUAAGAACGAAUUUAUUUGAA